AUGGCUUCCCGUCUUAUUACCCUCUUCCUCUUCUCAAUCUCCUCAGCCUUCCAGAGCAGACACCCCAAGUCCCUCCAAGAAAUCCCCCAAAUCCCCCUCGCCUGCAAGGCCACACGUGAUCCCGUCACCUACGAAUCCUCUCUCUUGCAAUCCAACCAAGUCUCCGCCAACUCCACGCCCUCGCAGAUGAUCCAGGCCGUCGUGUGGGUCUCCUCCGAAAACCUCAAAGUUGCCCACGGUAGAGUUCGGUCUAUUCUAGACUUGUCCGCAGACAAUCGGAACCGUUCCGAAGCGGCUAAGAAUUGUUUAAAGCUGCUCCGGUACUCGAGGCGCCGGACUCAGUCGGCUUACGAUGCCCUGGCACGUGGCAAAAUCAAGGACUCAGUCACGGAGCGGGCCGGGUUCUGGGAGAAGGACGAGGCGGGCGCGGUUCAGCCAUUGUUUAAAGGUGGGUUUCCGUUGAAGUUGAAGGCGGAUGUGACGGUGUGUAAGAACGGGAGUUGCAAUUACACGAAGGUGCAGGACGCCUUUAACGCGGCGCUGGAUAGUGUGGCAACACGUGGGUUCGUUAUUAACAUAAAGGCGGGAGUUUAUGAGGAGAUCGUCAGGGUGGCGUUUAAGAAAAAGAAUGUGGUGUUCUUGGGGGAUGGGAUGGGUAAGACGAUCAUUUCCGUUUCUUUGAAUACAGGCUAUAUGGGAAUUACGACAUUCAGAACUGCUACAGUCGGCUCUAAGAGUGUUAAAGAAUAUUAUCAAGCAAUGGAGGUUGCCAUGAUUAGAGCAAAUAUUGAAGAGGACCAUGAGGCAACAAUGACAAGGUUUUUGCAUGGAUUGAAUAGCAACAUAGCCAACUUAGUGGAAUUACAUUACUAUGUCGACAUGGAAGAUAUGUUGCAUAUGGCCAUUAAGAUUGAAAGGCAAUUGAAUUCUAAAGGUUCAAAGAGCAAUUUAGUUGUUUCUAGCACAUCAUAG